GUUGAUUAGUAUCGUUGUGUUCGUUGUUAUCGUAGAAUCAUGGAAAAAGUGUUAAAAGUUAUUUUAUUUGUACUGGGAACAGUGGUCAAAGCAAGUGACUCUGAAACAGUAUCACCAGAUGUACCUAAGAGCGCAGAAUUUGUACUAGACGUCAGGAAAAAUAUCGAAAGUUGCAGUCCAUCGAUGUCACUACCAAGAAUGGACAGCUGCAAUAUAAAUCCUAAGCUAAGCCUUGAUGGGGAGCAUCUUUCUUUAACAUUCAAUGAUUUAUGUUCAUGCUUGAUGUUAUUGAAAUAUGAAGCUAAUUUGACUUCCACAACGACAUCAUCAAAAGUAGCUUACAAAAGAGAAGUAAAAUCUGAAACAUUAAACAUAACUGAUGGGGAAUUAAACGCUACUGCAUCAUUCAACGUGACAGUAACGGAAUCAAGUUUAUCAGUAACGUCUGCACCAACCGAGUUGGAAGAAGAAGCAACUGAGUUGGUACUCACACGAACCGUGCUUGCAGGAGAGAAAACGAAAACUACACUUGAACCUGAGGAAACAAAGAAAACAGCCACCGCAGAUACUAUCAUGGGUUUCAUCACUGUAAAGGGACGAUUUGCUACAACGUCAUUAAAAUUGCCGUAUACGGACUUAGAAAAAAAUGCAACGGUAUUAUCAGAGUCUGAAAACUAUGAAGACAAAACAACAACAGUGCCCAUUGUUCUACCUUCUAAGCAUAAAGAAAUAUUUAACUCAACCGAAUUACUAACACCAAUAAAAUUUGAAAAUGAAACAAGUUCGACCAUAUUAGCAACUUUAGCUAAGCUUGUGAAUGUAACGACGAAGUCCGUUGUGUACGUAGACACAACAACAUAUACAAGUGCACCUAUAGUCGAAAAAGAUAGAUCAUUAGCACCAAAAGAAACUGAUUAUAGGGUAAAAACAAAUUCAACUGAAUAUGUGACAAUGGUACCAAUUUAUACAGGGAUUGAAUUCAGUGAUGGCGAAGUACGACAUUAUGGUGACAUUGAUGAGAAAAAAAGAAGUUCUGAGGAAGAUUUUUCAGAUGUUCCGGAAGACAUGUAUGCUAAGUGUCGUAAUUUAAUGGAAAUUGGAAAUUAUUCAGAUUUAUCGUUAAUAUUAGUCUGUUUAGAAAAAAUUAAGACAAAUUCAACAACUACUAUGGACUGGUCUGGAGAAGAGAAUCCAGUAAUGUAUGACAUUCCUGAAAUAGAUGACAGUGGAAAUUUUACAAUGUUUUUAGCCACUACAUUUAAAGACAACGAUGAAUCAAAAGAAUUUAUGCCAACAACAAAACCAAAUAUUGAUGAUCGUGAUGAGGUAGCAAGUAUACCAAAUACCACAAGUUUUAACAGUGAAACUUAUACAAUUUCUUCACGAAUAAAUGACUCGCAUAUUGCCAAAAUGAAUGCCUAUAUUCUAAUCAUCAUGGCGUUGUCAUUGGCAUUAGUAAUAUUCUGGGUCAGUUGUUUGUUGUGCAGAUUGUUUAGGAAACGAGGAAGCUAUUCCGUUCAACCGUGCGAAGAGAGUGUGGAGAUCGGUGUUGUAUAUAGAAAUACAGGGAAUGCGCCAACGUAAUAGUGAAGAUAAGAAACAUUAUGAUUUCUAAUUUUAUAUGAACACUUCAACAACUUUACUGUACUGUACAUACGCUGCAACAAAUCAUUUGAUACAUUUUUUUCUGAAAAUUUUAGUGCCUUUGACAAAAUGCUCAGCAGUAGAGCUUUGAAGUAUCCUCAGCCAAUGUUCCUCACCACACAUAUAACAGAAUAUCCCUAAAAACCUCCCACUUCUAUUUUAUUCUUGAGAACUAGAAUUUCACGCACUUCAGAUAAAGGGGAUAUCCCUAUACUUAACCUUUGACAUAUGGAUUAUUGAACAUUUGUUAUUAACAGAGUUUAAGUUUAAAAGAUACAUAAAUACAAUAAACGUUAUGAGUAAUAAUUGCUUUA